AUGGGUCCUGAAUGUACCGAAGCACUACAAGGCCUCAAGAAGUAUAUCAGUACACCACCUCUCCUGUCUACUCCAAAACUAAGAGAGGAACUGUACCUGUAUCUGGCAGUUUCAGAACAAGCCGUAAGCGCAGUACUGAUUCGCGAAGUUGAAAAGGAACAAAGGCCUGUGUACUACGUUAUCAAGACUCUCCUAGAUGCCGAAACACGAUACCUACCCUUGGAGAAGCUGGUUUACGCAUUACUUAUCGCCUCAAGGAAGCUACAACAUUACUUUCAGGGUCACACCAUUAAUGUCCUCACUAAAUUCCUCCUUAGAUCUGUCUUUAGCCGAGUCGAUUUCUCUGGCCGAACAGCGAAAUGGGCGGUUGAGCUUGUUGAGUUUGACAUUCGAUAUCAACCCAAGACAGUAAUCAAGGCCCAGGUCUUGGCAAAUUUUGUCACCGAAUUUGCUCCCACCCAGAGCACCGAAUAUCAAAACUCCUGCUCGAUACAGGUGUCACGCACCACCAAACUGGGAGAGCAAUGCGCUUCAGAAGCAUGGAAACUCUUUAUUGAUACAAGUAAUGAGGAAGCUAUUGCACAAGCACUGGAUAUAGCAGAAGGCCGAAGAGAAACAACACUGUUCAGACUUGUGGCCUAUCAACAACAGCUCAUCAAGAGUUUUAACCAAAAAGUUUUCCCAAGGCGAUUCAUACAUGGGGAACUGGUUUUGAGGAAAGUCAUGGAUCACAAAAGGGUGCCUGGUGAAGGAAAAUUAGGACCUAACUGGGAAGGUCCAUACAAGGUUACAGUCGUUGUUGAAAAUGAAGCAUACUACUUGGAGGAUAUCAAGGGCAAGGCCAUACCUCAGCCCUGGAAUGUAGUAAACCUCAAAAAGUACUAUCAAUAG